AUGGAUACAUCUAAAAUUUUGAAAUGGGCCGUUGUGCUUGGAGGAUUCCUCUGCUACUUUUUGGCUGAUGGCUGUACCUACUCAGCUGGUAUUUUAUUUACUGAAUUUAAGGAUAUCUUCAAUGCGAGUGCCACGGCAACCUCUUUGCUGCCCGCAUUAAUUUACGCGAUUCCCCAAUUCAUGUCACCACUUAUUUGUCCGGUCACUAACAGUGUUGGAUACUCAACAGCGGCAGCUUGGGGCUCCGUUUUUCUAUGUCUUAGUUUCAUCGUUACAUCAUUUGCACAGGAGAUCGGCAUUACCUACUUUGCAUAUGGCGUCUUGAUGUCUCUUGGAUUGCAGUUGACUUAUACAUCUGCAUUUAUGGCUGUCUGUGCUACAUUUAAAGACAGCAAGUGGUUCGGUUUGGCAUGUGGCAUAAUGACUUGCGGAGGAGGCAUCGGUGCAUUUGUUACUAAUCACAUGCUCAUCUGGGUCCUCUCUCUCUGGACAUGGCGCGAGACUCUCGUUAUUCAAGGAGGCUUCUUCCUUCAUGCAUGGAUCUCCGCUGCGAUCUUCUACUGGUCUGAUGAACGUGGAGCUAUUGAAAAAGAAACUGCAAGAUAUGAAGCCUAUUACGAAGAAGGUGAACAAUUUGAUGACGUUAAAGUGAGUGUGGAACCGUCGAUUGAUUGUUCCGAACCAACUGUGGAAGUAGAUCAACCGAAACGAUCAUGUUGCUCUCGAUUAGUGGAUCAAUUGAAGAACCUCUGGUGCCUGUGUCCACUUAUCAUGAUCUUCACCCCCGUCCAGCAACGUCCAAGAGCUCGACCCUCUGAAUACUCCAUGUUGGGUAGUGAAAAAGACUCCAGAUCUCAAUGGAAAGAAUUUCGUCAACAGCUAAAGGAGAGCUUCUCAUGCCUCUUUACAAAGUCAGUUUGGACUAAUGCGCCUUUCUUGAUUUAUGUGUUGACCAAUGGGAUGGCUGCAGCGAGUGUGGUGAUUCCAUGGACAUUCGUCUAUGACUACGUCCGAUCGGGGUGGCUCUUAGGGCUGGAUUUGAACACUGAGCUCAACUCUGUGGCUGAGACCCAACUGGCUUGGUAUCCUUCUCUUAUAGGUCUUGGCUCUUGUGCCGGCCAAAUUCUCUUUGGUUUGUUGAUCUCCAAGGUUCACAAUCCUACGGAGGUGACAAACAAGCGAAAGGUUAAUAGUCUGAUGUGUGUUUUCGCCAUGGUGCUCUUCAUGAACGGGGCUAUGACUCUGGUCUUCACCUUCGCGCCCCUCCCAACUUAUCUCGGUUCAUUGGGUGUGAGUGGUGCUGAGACUGUCGGUCUCUUCUCCACCACCGUGGGAAGUGUAUUUGCUGCCAUCUGCUUCUUCCUCGGCAUGACUGAUGGCGCUUUCAUGACCAUCCUAGGUCCUAUGCUCGAGCUCUUCCUCAAUGAGACUAACUUUCCCGCCGGAUUGGGAAUCAGUCUCUUCUGCACCGGUGCUUUCAAUUUGGCUGGAACACUUCUUGGAGGUCAUAUGCUCGAUGCCUUUGGAAGUUACUACAGCGCCAACUUGUUUGCCGCUGCAUUGUCCCUUAACGGUUUUGUAGUUUUUGUUAUCUUCUGCCUUGUGUACUAUCGUGGUGGAAAGGAGUCGGACCAAACUAGCAUCGACACAACAGAAGCCCAGACUCAUCGGUCAUAG